GAUCCUAUACUUAAUGACGGCGCGCAUUGUUCAACCGCCUCAACCGAUCGAACACAACGUCAGUGUUUUCGUGAAUGACGGAACAUAAACGUGCACGAUAUUGAUAUAGUGACGUUGACGCGGCAGGUGAAGGUACGUGAAGAAUGAGUUCCUAUCAGUUCGUCAACUCGCUCGCAUCAUGCUACGCGGGUCAACAGCCACAGCAACAGCCAAGACCGACCGCGAAUUCACCUGGAGAACCGAUGCAGGCAGCAUCGCCGGCCGGUGGCGAGUACUACAAUCCAAAUGCAGCCUCUACCAGCUAUCCUGCACCUUGUUACUCGCCUCAACAGCAUUAUCCUCAGCAUCCUUAUGCCACGCCGGCGUCGGGUAUGCAGCAUACGGCACCAACUGGAAUGAUAGACUAUACUCAGCUGCAGCCGCAGCCUCGACUAAACGCGACCACGACGUCACAACAACACGGUAUGCACGCUCAACAGUCGCAACAUCAUCAACCGCAUCAUCCUCAGCAACAACUUCACGCGGAUCCAACGACACCUCUUCUGCAGGGUGCUUCAGCACCCUCGGCACCGUCAACGUCCAGCUGCAAGUAUGCUGAUUCGACAUCGUCCACCAGUGUGGCGUCUCCGCAAGAUUUAACCACGUCCACUUCGAGAAAUAGCCCAACGCCCUUAGUAGCACCUGGUACGAGUAAAGCCGCAUCAGGAUUGACUUCACCACCUGGUAGCUCGUCAAGGUCGUCCGUGGCUGCGUCCGCUGCUUCACCACCCAGCGGUAGCUCGAGGGGCGUCGCCGAGGGAAAUUCAACGCUGACAACAGCAUCUUCCGCUUCGUCGCCCGCUUCCUCUACAUCCAGUACCUCUAGCACGGGUAACAAUUCGUCCAACAAGGGGAACUCUUCUGGCACUAACCCGCCUCAAAUAUAUCCAUGGAUGAAAAGGGUUCACAUUGGUCAGAGCACGGUGAACGCGAACGGUGAGACGAAACGACAAAGGACCUCGUACACCAGGUAUCAGACGUUGGAGCUGGAGAAAGAGUUUCACUUCAACCGCUAUCUGACAAGGCGGCGUCGCAUCGAGAUCGCGCAUGCUCUCUGUCUUACGGAACGUCAGAUAAAGAUCUGGUUCCAGAAUCGGCGUAUGAAGUGGAAGAAGGAGCACAAGAUGGCGAGCAUGAACAUCGUGCCGUACCACAUGUCGCCGUAUGGGCACCCUUACCAGUUCGCGCCCCACCCCGGCCAGUUCGCUCACUUGGCCACAUAG